AUGCCGCAGUCAUCACAUCGAGAAGAUUUUUUCCAGACGGAUGCGUCUAUAGAAGAUAGUGAUCGCAAGGUCGCCAAGUCCAAGAAUGAAAAUGGCAGUCCUAUAAGAUUACAAAGCAAGAUAUUAGCCAUUAUAGCUGAUCCUUUCAGUACAAAGUCUGUUUUUGUUGCUGAAAGUGCUGGUUUAGUAAGGAAAGUUGGCCUAGAAACGGGUGAAACAUUGGGUCUUUACAGAGGCCCAACUGCCCCUGUGACAAGUGUUACAUUUAGCCCAGAUGGCAAGUUGAUAUUUGCCGGUUGUUGGGAUAAAACCGUCUGGAGCUGGGAUGUGCGGUCCAGACAGCCACAACGACGAUAUGAAGGCCAUUCGGAUUUUGUAAAGUCUGUGACAUGUGCCCGCAUUGGUGGUAAAGAUAUUCUGAUCUCUGGUGGAGCCGACUCCAAAAUCAUAACAUACGACAUCGCCAGUGGUGAGAAAUCACAAGUUUUGAAAGAUCACUUGAGAGGCGUCCAAGACUUGUGCAUUGAUCCGACCACUUUGGACGAAAGUCAACAAACCAUCAAGUUGUUCUCAGCUGGAAGUGAGCGAGAAAUUCGAGAAUAUACAAUCGGAGUAUCAACGGCCAAUGUCGAGGAUCCACUCAUUGUUCACGAAACAAGUGUAUACAAACUAUAUUUCGACGAAGAUGGCGACUUGUGGACCGCUUCUGCUGACAAGUCGGCAAAAUGUCUUACGCGAGACAGCGGCUGGAAACCAAACUUGACUCUCGAACAUCCAGAUUUUGUCAGGGAUGUGGUAGUCUUUGAACAAGGAGGUUGGGUCAUCACGGCAUGUCGCGAUGAAGAGGUUCGAGUAUGGAACAAAGCGACGGGCGAUCUUUACCAUACUUUCACGGGGCAUUUUGAAGAGGUGACCGGUUUACUUUUGAUCGGAAGCCUGGUUGUUAGUGUAAGCAUAGAUGCGACUAUCAGACAGUGGAGUCUCAAACCGGUAGACCUGAAAAAGGCUAUAGAAGAAGCUAAAAAGAAACCCGUCGAAGAAGAACAACCAAAGCAGGAAUCCAUGCUGACUGAAGAAGAGGAGCGGGAGCUGGCCGAGUUGAUGGGAGAUGAUGAUUGA